AUGGCGUGUAGUAUAGAAGUCUGUGAUUCUAUACCAGCUUCCUUAGACAACUCGACAGAAACAGUAAUACCUUUUGACAUUUCUAAUAUAUCACCAGUAUAUGUACAUUCAAUUAUAAAUAAAAGGUUUUUUGAAACUGCUAGCACUUCAUUACCAACAAGUCCAUUACCAUCUUCUAGAAAAAGAUUUUUAUGUUCUAGUAGAAUUGAUGAUUUAGAUGAUGAUUAUUUCUCAAUAUCGAGACGCAGAAAAAGAAAUUUAUCUGUGAUUAAAAAUUCUGUUAAGAACCUAAGACGCAAAAAUAAACUUUUAAGACAAAAAAAUGGACUCUUAGAAAAAAAAGUCAGUUCUCUUCUGGAUAUAAUUAAAGAUCUUAAGAAUAAAUGCAUGAUUUCAGAAAAUGCAGCUUUUAACUUAGAAGUAUGUUGUAUAUAAUAGGCAAUUCAAAUAUUUUGAUUUUCAUAAAAAUGUUAUUUUAUGUGUUAGUUUUAUUAAAUUUUUUAUAUUCAUAAUUGAUGGUGCAAA